AUGCCAUCAGACCGGACCGCCGCCCGCCCCCCGUCGCUCCUCCUCCUGCCGCCGCCUCCGCAGCCCGCCCUCGCCGCCACCGUCCGAGCAGCCUUUGGCGCGCCGCUCGAAUCCGUCCUGUCGACCCUCAGCCAUGAGAACAAGCCGGCUGGCGCGGCACGCACCAGCACCGCGGCGCCGCCCGUGCUCGUCGUCGCCGUCCCGUCGCCGGUGCUGACGGCCCCCGACGCGAGCGGCGCCCGCCAACGCUCCGUGUACUGGCACCAGGCCCAGGCGCUCCUGGCGCAGUUGUACUCGCUCGUGGCGGCCCUGUGCGCCGAGCGCGGCAUCGCCAGCGACGUGGGCGCCGCGGACCCGGGCGCCGUCGACGUGCGCGUCGUGCUCGUGCACCACGACGGCUCGGCCUGCCGCCCCGACGUAAACGCAAAGGGCGCCGCCGCCGCCCUCGAGCCCAACAACAACAACAACAACAACAACACGCCCGUCGCGGACCUCGCGGCGUUUGCGUCGUCGGUGCACCCGUGGAGAACCAUCUUCCACGCCAGCAGCGAGCCGGGCUACGGCGUCCUCGCCGCCUACCUCGGCCACGCCGACGGCAAGCACAAGCUUCUGCAGAGCCAGCUCGUCGCCGUGCCGGGGGGAAUCAGCCUGUCCCGCGCGCCCGGAGGAAGCCCGGACGUGGCUGCGGCGGCGGCGGCGGCGGCCCCGACGCGCGGCUACAGGACGGUCUGCCUGGGCGGCACGUUUGACCACCUCCACCCGGGCCACAAGCUGCUGCUGCACGCGGCCGUGCUGCUGCUGGACACGGGCGCGCGGGCGCGGGGCGGCGGCGGCGACGGCGAUGACGUCGACGAGGCAGGUCGUCAGUGCGAGCUGGUUGUCGGCAUCUCGGGCGACGAGCUGCUCGCCGGCAAGAAGUACCCGGAGGAGCUGCAGCCGUGGGAGGAGCGGGCGCGCGCAGUGGUCGACUUCCUGUCCACGCUGCUGGCGCUGGGGCGGCGGCGUUCGGGCGCCGCCGCGCAGGCCCCUCGGCGCGGGGAGCUGCGCGCCGGCUUCUGCGACGGCGACGGCGGCGGCGGCGGCGUCGUGGUGCGGUGCGUGGCGAUUCGCGACGUGUACGGGCCGACGGUGACGGAGGAGGCCAUUCAGGCCCUGGUGGUGUCGGGCGAGACGCGGGCGGGCGGGCGGGCCGUCAACGAGCGGCGCCGGCGCCAGGGGUGGGCGGCCCUCGACGUGUACGAGGUGGACGUGCUGGGGGGGGGCGUGGGCGUCGACGGCGAGGACGCGGGCGCGGGCGCGGGCGCGGCAGAGAGCUUCGCCGGGAAAAUCAGCAGCACGGAGAUUCGGAGGCAGAAGGCGCAGGGGAGGCGGGCAGCGGCAUGUGCACGAAGCAGCGGCAGCGGCAUCACCAUCACCAUCACCAUCAUCACCAUCACCAUCACCAUCACCCUCCCAGUCCGCACGCCCGAAACCCCACGGACCCACAACCCACCAACUUCCAGUGGUGACAGACAUGCACGAUUGUAA